CGCAGCUUGGGCUGGGUUGGGCUUUUUGUUGUUCGGUUGUUCGGUUGGUUGGCCAACUGAACAAGUGAACUGAACAGAACAGAACACCAGACCAUCGAACACCGGCGAACGGAGCGGCAUUCGCUGACAGACGUGCGCCGAUGAAGCAGUAACAUAUAACUGAACAGAGAUAUAUAGACAUCGGACAUCCUCACACAUUAUAUACGGUAUAUAUUCAAAGUUUAUAGAACAAGAAACCAAAAACCAAAAGAAUGGGUGGCUGUUGCUCAAAGGAUUUGGAUGAUAAGCGCUCCUGGAGCCCCGAGGAGACCAAGAAUGGCAGCACCACCUCGACCAUCAUUGCCCAGCCGCUGGAUGAUGUGGGCUCCACCGGCGUCUUCACAUUGACUCGCACCACAACCAGCACCACGCACCACACACAGGAGAAGACGGUGACCACCACCAACGACGAGGAUCAGGAGGAUUAGCUGCCCUUAUUUUAAUAGAUUUAAUAUUUUUUUUUCUACACCUCUUUGUUGAAACAAUUUCAAUGCCAUGUGUGUGAGUGUGCGAGUGAGUGUGUGAAUACCAAAGUGUACAUACAAUGUGAAUAUGAAUAUGAAUCAAGUUAAGCUGUUAACGAGUAAUUAUUAAUUGUUAUGCGCCUGAAUUCCAAUUUCAAAAUAAAUUGUUGAAUCGCUAAAUA